UUGUUUUUUUUUUUUGCUAGAAAGAGAGCAAUAUUAUUAAUUCAGGAGGAGGAGGAGAUUGGUUGUUGUUGACGACGCGUUUCCGCUAUCUAAAUAUUUUGCCUAAUUGUCUCCGUCUUCUUUUGAUCUUCAAUCUCAGUUUUGAGCUGAAGAUUAUCGGCAUCCGAUUCUCUUCAGAUCCAUAAUCAUGGCUACAGCUGGAAACAAGAGCAUUAACGCCAAAUUGGUGUUACUUGGAGAUGUUGGAGCUGGAAAAUCAAGUCUUGUGUUACGUUUUGUCAAAGAUCAGUUUGUUGAAUUCCAGGAAUCAACGAUUGGUGCUGCUUUUUUCUCACAAACAUUAGCUGUCAACGAUGCAACUGUCAAGUUUGAGAUUUGGGAUACAGCGGGUCAGGAACGGUACCAUAGUUUGGCUCCAAUGUACUACAGGGGUGCUGCUGCUGCAAUCAUUGUCUUUGAUGUUACGAAUCAGGCCUCGUUUGAGAGGGCAAAGAAAUGGGUUCAGGAACUGCAGGCACAAGGUAACCCUAAUAUGGUCAUGGCCCUUGCUGGAAACAAAUCUGAUUUAUUAGAUGCAAGGAAGGUGACUGCAGAGGAGGCACAAACAUAUGCUCAAGAAAACGGUCUUUUCUUCAUGGAAACAUCAGCAAAAACCGCCACUAAUGUCAAAGAGAUAUUCUAUGAAAUCGCAAGAAGGCUACCGCGAGUACAGCCAACAGAAAACCCAACAGGAAUGGUUCUCCCAGACAGGGCCAUGGAUAGGGCAGUGAGCUCAUCUUGUUGUGCUUAGUUGUAUAUGUAAUGGACACACCUCUUAAAAAGAAAUCUUUUGGUCAGUGACUUUUGAAGUUAUGGACUUGUGUGUUUGCGUUUCUUUGCUUUGUUUUGCGUAUUUGAGAUUUGAUCUCCACUCUUUUGUAAAUAAAUCUAAUACUCUCUACUAGUAACUAAAUGCGUGAAAAGCAAGUUUCUAUAAA